AAAUUACGAAUAUUUCCAGAGUCUCCUCUACUACAAGCAAAACCUUGAAGAGUAGUUUCCCGCUGAAUCCCGAGCUCUGCAUUUCGGUGCGCCAACUUUCCGGGGAAACAAAUAGUCGUUGUGUUGUGGCUUUUGGCGGUGCAGAAGAUGUUCAAGAACACAUUCCAAUCUGGAUUUCUUUCCAUAUUAUACAGCCUUGGGAGUAAACCGUUGCAGAUUUGGGACAAAGAAGUUGUGAAUGGCCAUAUUAAACGACCACAGGAUGAAGACAUACAAUCCAACGUACUGGAAAUAAUUGGAUCAAAUAUUCAGUCCACAUACAUUACGUGCCCAGCUGACCCUGCUGCAACGCUUGGUAUAAAACUUCCAUUAUUGGUUAUGAUUGUCAAGAAUCUAAAGAAGUAUUUCACAUUUGAAAUUCAAGUUUUGGAUGAUAAGAAUGUUAGACGGCGAUUUCGAGCUUCAAAUUUUCAAGCUGUCACUCGAGUUAAGCCCUACAUUUGCACUAUGCCUCUGAGAAUGGAUGACGGGUGGAAUCAAAUCCAGUUUAAUCUGGCUGACUUCACCAAGAGAGCAUAUGGUACUAAUUAUGUGGAGACACUGCGAGUUCAGGUCCAUGCAAACUGUCGCCUGAGAAGGAUAUACUUCUCUGAUCGCCUCUACUCAGAAGAGGAACUCCCGCCAGAGUUCAAAUUGUACCUUCCGAUGCAGAAAUCAUGAAAAUGUUGUGGGAGGAUGGAAUUGGAGCCACUACAGAGUUGGAUGUUAUACAUACAGUUCUACCUGUGGGCUUCUUUAUUCUAAAAUUUGUGUCUGUCUUGUGCUAGAACCAUUAAGAUCUUUUGCUACUGCUCGUUCCAGUCACAAUCCGUAGGAUGUUCUGAUUCUCGUCUCUGUAAUAUUGGAGUUCAACGUCUUUUUCCCCUUUCAUUGUAGACACGUCUUUUUAAUUUCAUAGUAACAUAAUGACUAUGGUACAUAUUUACAAUCUUAGGUGAAGUGAAAGCAGCAGAAGUCAGCACUACACAUUAUCAUGUCCAAUAAAUUUAAAUAAGCCAU